ACGUCGUCGUUUAAUGUCUUACUGCGCUUACUCUUCCAGUUGUUCAAUUUCUUUGAAUACUAAAAUUCAUGAAAAUAAUUGCUUUUUUAGAAAAAAAAUCAAAAUAAAAGUCCAAAUUCAAAAUUCGAAAAUCCUAAGUUUCCACUAAUCACCUUUUCCCCUCCACCAAAUCAACCCUACUUGGUGGCGAUUUACUGGAUUAACCCAUUCUAGCUGCUGGUUCAGCUAAUAACACGUGUGGGUAGUUGUACGUGUCUUUUGGGUUGAAACUCAAUGCCUUCUAUGAUAUCUCCUCAGUGGCAAGACAAGGCUAGUGGGUUUUUUUCUGCCUCAGGGGUUAAACUAAAGGAAGCUGGGAAUCAGGCUGGAUCUUUAGCUAAGGAUGCAAAAGAGAACGUGGUUGAUGCAGCUGAACGAGUUGGUUCUGUCGUUAAGAGUAAAUGGUCACUAUUCCAGCAACCAUCUACUAAGCAAGCUGUGCAGGAGCGGUUUCUUUCAGCUGCUGCUUCAACAAGCUUUUUCUUAAGGAAAGGAAUCUCUGAAACUAAAGACAAAGUUUCUGUAGGAAAGAUAAAAGUUGAGGAGGUGGCUAAGAAAACUGCUCAAAGAAGUAAAUCCUUUAUAUCAGAUAUUGAAAGAUGGCAAAAGGGUGUUGCAAGCAGUGAUGUAUUUGGAAUUGCACUAGAAAUUACAGUGCAGCAGCAGCAGCAACAACAACAGCAAUCCAGUAGGCCCAUUCCCCAGAUUUUGGUCAGAUGUGCAGAUUAUCUUAUAGCGUCAGGGCUUAGUUCACCUUAUUUGUUUAAAUUGGAGGGAGACAAGAAGGCAAUUCAGCAACUUGUUUCAUUAUACAACCAAGAGCCCAAUGCAUUGCCACCAGAUGGCACGAAUUCACUUGACAUUGCAUUCUUAAUUAAAUGUUACCUUGCAAGUCUUCCCGAGCCAGUAACCACUUUUGAGCUCUAUGAUGAGAUCAGAAGUGCUCGUUCGAGUAUCAAUGUUAUUAGGAGUGUGUUAAAGAAGCUUCCUACUGUAAAUUACAUGACUCUGGAGUUUGUUACUGCACUCUUGCUCCGCGUUAGCCAGAAGUCAGUUCUCAACAAGAUGGGUGCUCAAAGUCUUUCUGAGGAAAUGGCACCUCUUAUUAUCUGGCAGAAGGAAAGGAGGCCAGAAUCAUAUAGGCAGUUCUGGCAUCAUGAGACUAAAGCUUUCACUAGAAAGAAAAGCGAUUUGCCCACUGGGCCCCCUACUUACGGCUCAUGGGACAUGCUUGAGGAGAGCGAAGAUGAAGAAGAUGCUUCAUCCCCCAUUCCAUUGGAUGAUGGCUUACCCAUUGACUUUGCUGCAGUUGAGGUCAUUCGGUGCCUCAUAGAGCAUCACAACUCAAUUUUCACUGAUGCCAAUGAGACAGUCUGGAGAUGAUGUUGAUGAAGUUGUGUUUGUGCUUACAGCUUUGUAUAAAGGGCGUCUCUCUCUUGAUUCAUUGAGGGGGUAUCAAGGGGGAUCGAGUUGUAGAUUGGUUAAUUGUACAUAUUUAGUAUUUGUGUGUGGUGAAUGGUGAUCCAUCUCUGUUGUUUUGUGUGUCUUUCCCUUUCCAUGCCCCUUUGCUCAUUCUUCUUAGCCAUUUUUGUGGGUAACACUUGCACAGAUUGAUUUGUCAAUUGUAACAUUGGGAAUUUGGUAUCAGCUUGUAUUUUCAAUUUUAAUUCCAAAACAAUGAUCUUUAAGACUCUUACUCACUGAAAUCAUGAUGACAAUUAGUCAA